AAGUGUCAUAAUUAUAUUGAUUAACUUAAAAUAAAUUAUAAAAUAAUCGUGUAAAAGAGUUUUUAGGUAUCAUCGUCACCCUCAAUAUAAUUAGCUAGCGAGAAAAAACGCAACACGUCGUCACUCUGUAACCUCUUCAACCCCUUCUUCCUCUUCUUAUGGAUCUUGAAUGUCCCAGCUCUCAGCGGAAAUUACCCAUUGCACAAAAGCUCCAGCUUCUCCUCUUCCCCAAUAUCUUAAUCAAAAGAGAACUAAAAUUUGUACUCUUUUUUCUCAUUCUCCUAAUCUCUUCCGUCGUUAUUUCCAGUCUCGUAAUUAAGCCCUCUGGACCCUCAGUCCAUUCUUCGAUCGUAUCGGUUUCUGAUCGCAAUUUCUUCAGAACUGACAAAAUCCGUCUCUAGAAGCUUCUGAUUAUUCGAAGGGCGCGCAGGUGGGUUCGGGAUGAAAGCCACCCUCUUCAUUCUUAGUAUCUUACACUGAGAACUGCCCGUUUCUUGAUCCCGGCUUCGGGUGCAGUCAAAAUGGACGAAAAGAUGAAGAAUACCGAAAAUGGAGAUGGCAACAGGCGGGCUGUGAUCUUCCAAGAUUCAAUGCAAGCGAGCUCUUGGAAAGAAGCCGAAAUGGACGUAUGGUGUUUGCCGGUGAUUCUAUUGGAAGAAACCAGUGGGAGUCUUUGCUAUGCAUGCUUGCACAAGCAGUCUCCAACAAGUCCAGAAUAUAUGAAGUUAAUGGAAAUCCCAUAACCAAACAGAAGGGCUUCCUCUCCAUGCGGUUCCAUCAUUACAGCCUUGCCGUUGAAUAUAACAGGGCACCUUUUUCUGGUUACCACCUCGGAACUCCUCAAGUCAAGUUCGAAUCACCAUUUGGGUUGAUGAGUUGUACUGGUACUCAAAACGGUUGUUCUGGUUUUUCAUGCCGGGCAUUGGUGGAACGAAGAUUGAGAUCAUGGGCUGCUAUUUCCAGGAAGGAGGCAAAAAUAAAUAUGAUAAUGAGCAUGAUGGAAGCAUUCCGGAAGUCUCUACAAACAUGGAAGUCCUGGGCAUUACGAAAUCUUGAUCUAGAAAGGAGUCAAAUUCUUCCGUAGCCAUUCCCCUGUACAUUACAGGCAAGUCUCGUAAAGCAAAUAGAUGUAUAAUCCCAACUAGGGCACAUCUUCAUUCAUGGUAUCUGUAGGCAGCAGACUAUCUGUGUAGACUAAUUCAUCACCAGUUUCAAAC